AUGUGUUUCGGCAGCACCAAAGGAGAUGCGAGCUAUGAUCCUUAUAAUUCGCGCAAAGUAAAUAAACGUAAAAAUCGGUAUGGGAAUGGUGGGAGUGCGGGGGUGCCGGUUUAUGUUGGAGGUGAUUCGGGGAAUGCAGGCGGGGGAGAUGGAGGAGGAGGGUGGUUUGGAGGGGACGGCGGAGGCGGAGGUGGGGGUGGAGGAGAUGGAGGAGGGGGAGGCGGCGGCGGAGGAGGGGGAGGAGGAGAUGGUGGAGGUGGUGGUGGUGGUGGAGGUGGAGGAGGAGGGGCGUAA